AUGAAGUGUGCGGGGAGAGGCCUUGGACGGCUGCGUCUGUGGCUGCUAGUGGGGUUGCUAGCAGCAGCAGCUGCUGCUGCAGCAACAGCAGCAGCAGCAGCAGAAGACCCUGCAGAGGACAGCAGCAAAAAGGACUUCAGUAUCCCUGCUGCAGCUACUUAUGAUGAAGAUGCUGCAGCAGCAGAGCCGCUGGCCAUUCGCGAACCUGAGCAGCAAACGCAGCAGCAGGGGGAGCAGCAGCAAAAGCAGCAGCAGCACGGAGAGCAGCAGCAGCAGCAGGGGCUGCAGCAGCAGCCAGAGAAGCAGAAAGCUGUGAGUGAGCACAGCAGCAGCAGCGAAGACUACGACAGCAGCGAGGACUACAGCAGCAGCAGCAGCAGCAGCAGCAACCCCACUGAGAGCAGCGACGUCAGCAGCAGCAGCACCAGGGGCAGCGACAGCAGCAGCAGAGACACAGGCAGCAGCAGCAGCAGAGACAGCGACAGCAGCAGCAGCAACAGCAGCAGCAGAGACAGCUACAGCACCGACAGCAGCUACAGCAGCGACAGCUACAGCAGCGAAGGCAGCAGCAGCGACACCACUCACAGCAGCGACAGCUACAGCAGCAGCAGCAGCAGCGGCAGCAGCAGCAGCAGCAGCGGCAGCAGCAGCAGCAGCAGCAGCAGGGCACAAAGCCUCGGUUUUGAAGGAGACAAGUGCAUCAUUUUUGCUGCUGAGGAAGGAGACCCAGACAGCGAACAGAGCCCAGCAGCAGCAGCAGCAGCAGCAGCAGCAGCAGCAGCAGCAGCAGCAAAAAGGGCCCCCGCGUGGCUGCGGGCUCUUUGUGAUAAUUCCGAAUAUGGAUUUAAAGGAAAAGGAGUUUAUGUGGACUACGAGGUGUACGUACACUGCAGCAGCGCAGCAAACGCUUCAGCCCCUUCUUUCGAAAUCAAAUACGACCCCGGGACCUUCAUAUCUGCUGCUGAACUCGAAAGGCUGCGAGCAGCAGAUCCUUCUGCUGCUGCUCGCAGCUGCCACGCAGCAGAUUUCUAUCUUUGCCGCCCGCUGCCCAACCCAGACAGACCCGUAAACCCUAAACCCUAA